ACCACAGCUUAGACCGCAGUCAGCGUGACAGUAUUGAUAUACCUUCUCUGACAACUGCUUUAUUCCUGAAGAGAUUUAUUUUUUAUCACCUGACCGCGAGCUCUGGAAUACGCUAUGCGUAAAAACACGCGUCGUCGUCUCCCAGCGGCGCCGCUUUAGGUGUGGAGUUCCAAAAGUUCGGUUGGGAAGUGAUUUCGUGGAAAACGUGUUUUAUUUUUCCAAUGAGGAUUACACAAACCAUGGGGAUCUUGUGGGUGUUGGUAUUCUGCGUCUGUGACUUAUCAGGUGCAGUGAUGGACUUGACGAUGACCUCAACAGCAAAGGUCACCAGCUUCAGUCGCUUCACCAUCUCCUGUAUCAAUGGUGAGCAUAGCCCUGCAGAGGUCAGGUUGAAUAUCAGGAGAGAUAACAGUAUCCUCAAAUUACCAAAACCAACUAGUUUUAAAGUGCAGAAGGACUCUCACAGAAUUGUUGUGGCAAAAGAUUUCCGUGAAAUUGAGAAUAUUGGAAUCUUCUAUUGUGAGACCCCAGAGGAGUCACCACUUAAGCUCACAAUGAUAAACAACUUUAAUGGAGCUACUUUUAUUCCAAAGUACCUUACAAUGACUGUGAACAAAGGAGAGACGGCACAUCUCAGCAUGGAGAUGCUGGGCUCUGAACGGAGGGACGUGACCUGGAAAUUUAACGGAAACUACUAUUAUAUGACACACUGGAUUGAAGUGACUAACAGCACUGCUACGCUGACAGUGGAGAAUGCAACUUUGGCCAAUCAAGGCAUCUACAGCGCCAGCUAUUUUGCGGACAGCCCCCUCCACGGCGCCUGGAUGAGACUUAUUGUUAGAGACUGUCCCAGUAAGAAGUGGGGUCAUAACUGCGACAAAGACUGCCCAGACUGCCUUAACGGAGGAGUUUGUCAUGAUUUAGAUGGGGAUUGUGUCUGCCCUCCUGGAUUUAUGGGGACACGCUGUGAGACAGCCUGCAGGGCAGGAAUGUUUGGGAGAAACUGCCAGGAGUCUUGCAGGACCAACCACAACAACAACUGCAAAGAGAUUCGCUUUUGCCUCCCAGACCCUUAUGGCUGUUCCUGUGCCAGCGGCUGGUUUGGAAGGCUCUGUGAAAAAGCUUGUGUUAAUGACACAUAUGGGCCAGACUGCCGCUUAAGCUGCAAAUGCCAGAAUGAAGGAGUUUGCAACCGUUUCAGUGGAUGUCAGUGUCCCACAGGGUGGAGAGGACAGAACUGUGAGAAGUCUGAACGGGCUCCUCAAAUUUUGGAAUUGGAUUGUGACCUGGAGUGUAAUCUGAAUUCCAGUCCCAAGGUCAAAUGCUCAGCUACAGGCAACCCCCUCCCCAGCCACAACAGUUUUGAGCUUCGAAAGCUGGACAACACUGUGCUGAAGGCCUCUAAGACAAUCCAGGAGUCAAAUCGGAGCACAGCCUUGUUUGAGAUCCCUCCACUGAGCGCUAAACAAGGGGGAUUGUGGGAGUGCCGGGUGUCCACCAACGGAGGCCGGGACUCUCGCAAGUUUAACGUUACUAUUAAAGUGCCCCCAGUGCCAACUACAGCUCCAAAGCUGCUCGAAAAAAGGAGUAAGCAGCUUCUGGUGAUGCCGGUGGAGUCACACAAAGGCGAUGGCCCCAUAAUCUCAACCAAACUUCUGUACAAGCCUGUGGUGAACAGAGACUUUUGGUCCUCAAUUAUAGUUUAUAGUGACAAGGAGCCCAUCACUUUGAUGAACCUGGAGCCUUCAACAAGGUACCGCGUACGCGUCCAGCUGAGUCGUCCUGGGGAGGGAGGAGAGGGAGAAUCUGGACCAGAAGCUGUAAUGGAGACAGACUGUCCUGAACCCACGGUUCAGCCCGAGAUCGAAAAUAGGACAGUAGACGGCCAUAAUGCUAAAGUGUGGUGGCGACUACCUACAGAGAGUGACAUCACUCCUGGCACAGCCACUGGAUUUUUAGUGCAGCUCUUUGAACCCCCACCGUCCAAUGAAAAACUUUGGGAGAAGACCACCCUGCUCAAUGUGCUCUCUACCGAGUUUCACAACCUGAAGUAUCAUCAUGACUACAGUGUGGUGGUGCGCCUCAUCAACUGUGGCAGCCAGGGGCCAGCCUCCAAACCUUUCCUCUUCCGCAUCAGCAGCCAGGGGCCUUCACCUCCCCGCAGCGUCCAGGCCCAAGCCCUCUCCACGUCUGCCAUCCAGGUGAGGUGGCAGCCCCCAGAGAAUCCAAACGGAGGGAUAAUUAAAUACGUCAUAGAGUACCAGCCAGUCGGCCAGGGCAGCCCUCAUCACUGGCUGGACAUCAAUGACAGAAACAAGACCACAAAAGACGUGACGGCGCUCAACAGCAGCACCCUCUACCAGUUCAGAGUCAGAGCUUGCUCCAAAGUGCCUGGAGAGUGGAGUACAUUUGUUCAGCAGAAGACACAAGGAGAUGACGCUCAGAUUUUAGCACCAACCACCCAAGGUGUUUCUGGAAAGCCCACCGGGGAUGGUAAUCAGAUCCUGGUGGCAGUGGUGGGCUCAGUGACUGUUACCUGUGUGACCAUACUGCUCGCCCUGCUGGCUCUGUUCUAUAUCAGGAAGAUGCUGCUCAACCGUCGGCGCACAUUUACCUAUCAGUCUGGAUCGGGAGAAGAAACUAUUCUGCAGUUUAACUCAGGAACCCUGACCCUAACAAGAAGACCCAAGCCCACACCAGAACCGCUCACCUAUCCAAUCCUUGAAUGGGAGGACAUUAAAUUUGAAGAUGUCAUUGGAGAGGGCAACUUUGGCCAGGUCAUUAAAGCCAUGAUCAAAAAGGAUGGCAACAAAAUGAGUGCAGCCAUCAAGAUGCUAAAAGAGUUUGCCUCAGAGAAUGACCACAGAGACUUUGCUGGAGAGCUGGAAGUGUUGUGCAAAUUGGGCCAGCAUCCCAACAUUAUCAACCUGAUAGGAGCCUGUGAAAACAGAGGCUACCUGUACAUAGCCAUAGAAUACGCUCCCUAUGGGAACCUCCUGGACUUUCUGAGGAAGAGUCGCGUGUUGGAGACCGAUCCUGCUUUUGCAAAAGAGCACGGGACUGCUUCUACCCUCACCUCCCAGCAGCUGCUGCAGUUUGCUGUUGAUGUGGCGACCGGCAUGCAUUACCUCAGUGACAAGCAGUUCAUUCACAGAGAUUUGGCAGCAAGGAAUGUUCUCGUAGGGGACAGCCUAGUGGCAAAGAUUGCAGAUUUUGGUUUGUCCAGAGGAGAAGAAGUGUAUGUCAAGAAAACAAUGGGUAGACUGCCUGUACGAUGGAUGGCCAUUGAGUCCCUGAAUUACAGCGUAUAUACGAGCAAGAGUGAUGUAUGGUCUUUUGGAGUUCUACUUUGGGAAAUUGUAAGCUUGGGUGGUACACCAUACUGUGGAAUGACAUGUGCCGAACUGUAUGAAAAACUGCCACAGGGCUACAGGAUGGAGAAACCCAAAAACUGUGAUGAUGAGGUCUAUGAACUAAUGAGGCAGUGCUGGAGGGAUCGUCCCUAUGAGAGACCACCCUUCUCACAAAUCUCUGUCCAACUCAGCCGGAUGCAGGAAGCCAGGAAGGCCUACGUUAACAUGGCUCUGUUUGAGAACUUCACCUACGCUGGGAUAGAUGCCACCGCAGAGGAAGCCUGACUACCAGCCCCCCCAGACCCUCGCACACCACGUAGCUCCAAGAGAAAGACGAGCGGCAGGCCGCCACGUUACUGCCACCAUCCCGCCAGUCAACGGCAACACAGGAGGACUGGCCGCUUCACCGCAACCACCCAGCUAUAGAAGGAGGACUGUGACAGGACACUUUAUUGGGUUACCAAAAGCAUGAGGAGACGUGGAGAAUAGCUGAGCCUUUGGUGGAAAGACGCAUUUGCUAGAGAGCCUUCUGGAAGAAAUACCCCUCUCUUUCAAUUCAAUGUAAAAACAAAAAUCAACAGAUGUAACUUUCUUUCUUCUGAUUUUAGAUUUUUCUCUGAUCCCUGAGGGGGGAACUUACAAACGUGGAGCUAUGUGAUUUGCUAAAACACCAACGGGUCUGUGGGGUGUCUGCUGGAUUUUUAUUUUUUUUUUUUACUCGUGGAGGAGGAGCUAUUUUUGUGGAGAAAACUUUAAAGGACACAGUUUGGACUGCAAACAGAAGUUCUAAACUUUUUUGAGAGAGAAUUGUGACAGAUACCAUUGUAGCACUUACAGCAGCAUGAUAUGUGCCAUUUGUCAUAGUUAUUAUCCGUGUACUGCCUAUCACUGCCUUGUGAAAAUACGUACCACUGUUUGUAUUUUGAUACCUUUGUAAGAAUUUUGAAAAAGUAUUAGAGCCAUGUAUUCAAAUUAAGCAGAGUUGUAGAACAAUAUAUUUUUUAGACAAUGUGGAAGUGGUGUUGAAAUCAGAAAUUAUCUCCACACCAUAAAGCAGACUCAAUACUUUUAGGAACCCCGGUAAAUAUGUGUAAAAAGCCUUAUUAUUAAAUUAUAUUUUGUUAUCUCACACUCACACAGAAUUAUAAACAAAAAAGGAUUCUUAGAAAAACAUUUCUGAGGGUUUUUUUUGGGGGGGUGUUGUUUUUUUUUUUUUUUUUAUAAAAUCAAUGUUGCCAUACUUACUGGAACUCUUAAAAGUUGAAACCACACACAGAUGGAUAAAGAAAGCAGAACAUAAAUAAUUAAAAUUAAAAAAUUGCAAAGUUCACUAUUAUAGGGCUGCAGUUUUCAAUAGAUUCUGUUGGAUUCUACAUGACAACCAAUAGUUUGGGAGGAAUGUUAGGUAAAAAUCUGAAAAAGAGACUGAAAUUGAGGCUUUUGAAAAACUAAAUUUGGGAAAGCAAGAUGUUAUGUCCAAGUACAAAGAAGGAUCUAUGAUGCUGUGGGCCUGUUCCUCUACAAAAUGCCCUGGAAAUGUAAGUAGAUUGGGCUAGGAUUAAUUGAAAAGAGCUCUGCCAGCAAAUAUAAAAUGGGUCAUAACUGAGUAUCUCAGCAGGAUUAAAAAAAUGCAUGGCCCAGUUAGCAUCAAAUAGAAAAUAUAUUUAUCUUAGCCCCAUGAUCUAAACCCUGGUGUAAACCUUGGGCUGAGUUGAGGAUAAUAGCACCAAGGAUCCAGGACUCUGGUUGAGUGUUACUGCUGGAGAAGUGAAUGUUAACAGCAGGUGCCAGGAAGUUUGCCACCAGUGAUUCUGUGUGUGUGACUAAUCUAAAGCAAUGAAAGAUUAAGCUUUUUACUCAUGUUUAGUGGGGUGUCAUUAUGUUUGGAGGGUGCUGUGUGAGUAGUGGUGGUCUGUAAUAAAAUGUUAGCAUGGUUGUCAUGGAUUUAUAUUGGUUCUUAAA